GUCCCUCUUCUUCCCUCAAUAGGAUGCCAAGCCUGAAGAGUAUUUUAGGAUCAAAGGACCAAAAAGGAGCCAAAAAGAUUGAAACAGCUUCAGUUUUUUUUACCUGAUAUUACAAAACAAAAGUUGGGUAACUACAGGGAAGAAGAUCGUUCUCCACAUUUUGACAUGGAUAGGUCCGUGUUACAUUUGAAGCUUAUGUGAAUUGGAUGGUACUUAAUUGUAAUAAUAUGUCUGAGUUGUCUAUUGUAAUCUGCAAGUUAUUUUUCUGAACCCGUUUAUUGGGAUAUUGAAGAUAGCAUCAGUUACAGGAUUCCUCCAACUUAUGAAAUGUUGGCUAACUCAUUAAACCUACCUAGAAUAUCAGAGAUUCGAGUGAAGGAAUUUUACCUCAAAGGCACACUUGAUUUGGGCUCAUUAGCUUCAAUGAUGGCAGCCCACAAAAGUUUUGGCCCCAGAAGCAGUGCAAGGAUGGGUGACCCUAAAUCCGAAUAUGAAUCUCUUCAAACAAGAUUAAAGGCCUAAAUAUCAAAUAUCUCACCCCAGAAAUUCAGUCUUAAAGUCGGUGAUAUCACAUUGGAUUUGUAUCAUGUCAGAUACUGGAACUCUACAGGUUUACUAUGUGAAAGUGUUGGAGAAACGUGACACGUAUGAGAUUAUUGAACGUAGUCUGCCCAAGAAGCAGAAGGCGAACAAUGAUCCAUCUAUAAUUGAGAAAGAGGAGAUGAAUAAAAUUGAUGCCAAGAGAUUCUCAGAAAGCUGUCAACGUGAGGUAAAAAUGAAGGUGAGCAGACCACUUAAGUUGAUGAAGGGUGCUUCAAUUCGCACAAGGAAACUGGCAAGGGAUAUGUUGUUCUUUUGGAAGAGAGUGGACAAAGAAAUGGCUGAAGUAAGGAAAAGAGAAGAAAGAGAAGCUUUGAAGCGUGAACAGGAGCUUCGUGAAGCUAAAAGGCAACAACAGAGGCUUAAUUUCUUGUUGUCACAAACAGAAUUGUACAGUCACUUCAUGCAGAACAAGACAGCCUCCCAAAAUAAAGAAGAUGGCCAAGAAGCAACAUUGACUGGUUCAGAAGUUGAAGAUCCUGAAGAGGCAGAAAUGAAAAUGGAAGCCCUAAAAGCAGCCCAAGAUGCAGUCUCCAAACAGAAACUAAUCACCAAUGAAUUUGAUGCUGAAUGUUUGAAGCUGCGUGAGGCCCCUGAACAAGAUGCUUCAAUUUCUGGAUCUACUGACAUUGACUUGUUGCAUCCGUCAACUAUGCCAGUGGGAUAUUCAGUACAGACACCCGAGUUCUCUUAAAGGGUAUCAGCUUAAAGGUCUCCAGUGGCUGGUGAAUUGUUAUGAACAAGGUCUAAAUGGUAUUCUUGCUGAUGAGAUCCAAGCAAUGGCCUUCUUGGCUCAUUUAGCAGAAGGAUGCUGGAUUCCACAUUCUUGUUACAAGCUAUCAACUACUAGUGUCGGAUGAAAAGUAGUUCAGACGUGUGAAGUGGCAGUGUAUGGUAUUGGAUGAAGCUCAGGCAAUUAAAAGUUCAAGAAGUAUAAGAUGGAAGUGAAAAAGUAAGAGCAAUCACAAGAAUGCUACUAUUGCCAUCAAAAUCUGUUAGAAGAAGACUUCCAUUUGAGAGUUUGGUCUUGCCACAUCAUGAUAUAUAGGACUCCUUCAUUCAGCUUUCUGUUUCAUUCCUAAAACAAGGGCACCAACUGUUAAUUAUGUAGAGUGUUGGGAUAGAGAUUUUAGUAGUUACAGAAAGGUUUGAGGAAUUGCAUGAAGCUUGGAGUAAGAGGUUGUUAGUUGGGUUUGCGCGUAAUGGUCCAAGAACAUCAGGUGUCCCAGCUACUCACCAUUUGAUACAGGAAAUUGAGAAACCUGCUCACAAGAUCUUCGGGUCAUGUCCACCAAUGCAUGCAGUGUCAAAGAUAUUACUGCAGAUUUCAUGCUUUAGAUUAAUCAACAAAAUAUCUUUGCUAUCACAGUCUUUUAUUGUCAAUAAUUGUAAAUAAUUUAGUAAUCUGAUUUAUAGGCUAGAAAUCUGUAAUUUAGGCUGAUAAUUAGCUUGUAUAUUCAGUAUAUAUUGAGGAUUCUUCUGAAUGAAAAAACACAU